CAGCUGAUAACAGAGAGUGUGAAGUAUGUUAACAAUGUACCAUGAACAGUAAAUAACCAGGAAAUAUUUUACACUAUCGAUCGAAUAUUUAGUGGACAAAUUCAGAUUUACCCGACGUUUGCAGCUGUUGCAAGAAAAGGAGCCUUGGUAUUGUCACCGUUAACACCUGAUAUGUCAGUUCCCCAUAGGAGCAGCCGAUGUGAUGGAUACAUGCGUUCUUUCAUCUUGAUUUCCCUUUUGAUGAAAACCGUCAACUGUACACCCAGUUUUCGCUGUCCAGAAGUCGUUGAAUUGGGCUCGUCGGUGAAUCUGACCUGUUGUCUUGAAAGUAGCUAUAAUGCCACUUCCUACCUAACACCCGGUGGAGCUAUUGCAGCAAUGUGUGAUCUAUCAAAUGGAAAGUGUAUACCACAUGGUAACGCAUCUGUCAUCACCAAUACAUGCAGUGUUCUCACUAUACCCAGUGCUCUGCAGUCCCAUGGGGGUGACUGGAAAUGUGUGAACGGUACAAAUAAUCCACGCCCUGAGACUUGUCACGUGACUGUUGUCAAGACACCAACGUGUAACAUAACGAGCGACACCAACACCAGCUCACUCAAUGAGGGAGAUAAACUAAUACUGACAGUGAGCCUUUCAAGACGCUACUGCUCUGAGUCGUCUCUGGUUGUCUUGACGACAGGACGCAUCAACACCACUCUCAUCAAUGAGACCACAGAGUUCAAUGAGACCACACAGUUCAAUGAGACCACACAGUUCAACGUGACAAGCUCACAUUUCGGGGAGGUCAGUCUGGUCUACUCGUGUAGUAGUAGCAGUAGGAACGUGUCCUGUGAGGGUAUACACAAGCUGGCUGAAGGUACUGACAUGCCGACAACCUCCACACAGUCCGCAGUGACUUCUUCAUCAGAUGGUUCUCCCGGGGACACGGAUAGUACAGUUGGGAUUGCAGUUGGGAUUCCAGUUGCGAUUGUAGUUGUCAUCGCCAUUGUAAUCACUGUAAUCGUCUACAGGAGACGUAAGCGCCGGAACUCUGAGACUCCUGAGGAGAAACCUGAGGAGAUUCCUUUAGCUAACAUUGUAAUGCACGCACCUAAGCCGUAGAGAGCACAACCUUCUCUGUCACGUGGAUAGUAAGGCAUUCGUCAAGUUCCGGGCGGCGAAGGAGCCUUAUGGGUCAAGCGUUGACUCGUUAAUACGAAGAUGUUGAAAAUGGAAUUAUUUCUUUUGCGUCGAGUUUACUAAUGUCAGCAUAAAUUGUAAGAGUUAUUGCGGAGGAAUAAGUAAUCUGUUAAAAUGUACGAGCGUCCAUAACCACUUUGAUGAAUAUGUAAGUGGUUAAUAGUAGCUACUUGUUUAAAAGUACUUGUUAGUGAGGGAGUGAGUGAGUAUGGUUAUAGUUAAUUGUAGCUACUUGUUUAAACGUACUUGCUAGUGAGUGAGAUAGUUAUAGUUAAUAGUAGCUACUUGUUUAAGAGUACUUGUUAGUGAGUGAGUGAGUAUAGUUAUAGUUAAUAGUAGCUACUUGUUUAAAAGUACUUGUUAGUGAGUGAGUGAGUGAGUGAGUGAGUAUAGUUAUAGUUAAUAGUAGCUACUUGUUUAAGAGUACUUGUUAGUUAGUAAGUGAGUGAGUAUGACUAUAGUUAAUUGUAGCUACUUGUUUAAAAGUACUUGCUAGUGAGUGAGAUAGUUAUAGUUAAUAGUAGCUACUUGUUUAAGAGUACUUGUUAGUGAGUGAGUGAGUAUAGUUAUAGUUAAUAGUAGCUACUUGUUUAAAAGUACUUGUUAGUGAGUGAGUGAGUGAGUGAGUAUAGUUAUAGUUAAUAGUAGCUACUUGCUAAGAGUACUUGUUAGUUAGUAAGUGAGUGAGUGAGUGAGUGAGUAUAGUUAUAGUUAAUAGUAGCUACUUGUUUAAGAGUACUUGUUACUGAGUAAGUAGAGUUGUAGUUAAUAGUAGCUACUUGUUUAAGAGUACUUGUUAGUGAAUGAGUGAGUAUAGUUAUAGUUAACAGUAGCUACUUGUUUAAGAGUACUCGUUAGUGAGUGAGUGAGUGAGUGAUUAAUAUUAUAGGUAUAGUUAAUAGUAGCUACUUGCUUAAGAGUACUUGUUAGUGAGUGAGUGAGUGAGUAUGGCUACAGUUAAUAGUAGCUACUUGUUUAAGAGUACUUGUUAGUGAGUGAAUAAGUGAGUAUAGUUAUAGUUAAUUGUAGCUACUUGUUUAAAAGUAAUUGUUAGUGAGUGAGUGAGUAGAGUUAUAGUUAAUUGUAGCUACUUGUUUAAGAGUACUUGUUAGUGAGUGAGUGAGUAUAGUUAAAGUUAUAGUAGCUACUUGUUUAAGAGUACGUGUUAGUGAGUGAGUGAGUGAGUGAGAGAGUAGAGUUAUAGUUAAUUGUAGCUACUUGUUUAAGAGUACUUGUUAGAGAGUUGGUGAGUAUAGUUAUAGUUAAUAGUAGCUACUUGUUUAAAAGUACUUGUUAGAGAGUGGGUGAGUGAGUAUAGUUAUAGUUAAUUGUAGCUACUUGUUUAAAAGUACUUGUUAGUGAGUGAGUGAGUAUGGUUAUAGUUAAUUGUAGCUACUUGUUUAAAAGUAAUUGUUAGUGAGUGAGUGAGUAUAGUUAUAGUUUAUAGUAGCUACUUGUUUAAAAGUACUUGUUAGAGAGUGGGUGAGUGAGUAUAGUUAUAGUUAAUUGUAGCUACUUGUUUAAGAGUACUUGUUAGUGAAUGAGUGAGUGAGUAUAGUUAUAGUUAAUAGUAGCUACUUGUUUAAGAGUACUUGUUAGUGAGUGAAUGAGUAUGGUCUUACGCCGCUUCUAGCAAUAUUGCAGCAAUAUCACAACUGACACCAGAAAUUAGCUUCACACAUUGUGUGCCAUGUGGGGAAUCGAACCCGGGUCUGACGCGCAAACUUACAACGAAGACGAUUUCCCCAUCGCUACUCUCCGAACAUCAGGGUAAGGUGUGCAUGAGGCCCAAUGUGAGACAUUAAGAUAUAUUAACACAAUAUAUCAAUAGUAAUCAUCAUCACCUGGUCACAUUUUUCUUUUUCUUUUUCAUGAUUUUCCUUGGAAUAUUAUAUCAACAUGUGAAUAAACACGUUCGGACACAUUAUGAGACAUGAUUGUG